AUAUAUUAAGACUACGUGAGGGAAGGCGGCUGUUUCAGAUAUAAGCGUCACAUUAGAAAUAUGGUGUUAGACUAUGAUUCAGAUUCAUCUGACGGCAGUGCUCCGAAUCGAGAAGAAAGGGAUGAAUCUUCAGAUCUCAACUCGUCCAGUGAUGAUGAGGAACGAAAUCGUGUAACACAGAGGAAUAUUUUUGGAGAUGAUACUGAUAGUGAUAAUGAAAUUCAGCCAAAGCAUAAACAUUCAAAGUUUAAAGAAGAUAGUUUCGAAGAAUCAGACCACGAAAAUCAACUUAAUGACAACGCUUCGGAACAACAGGAAACAGAAAACGAUUCAGAUAACUCACCGAGCCAAGAUUCUUUGAAAAGAAGACUUCAAGAUAUCCGAUCGUCUUCUAGUAGUCCUAAUAAUAAUGGUUCUCGGCAAGAUGAUGGUAGUGAAACGGGUGAUAAUGGGUCACAAUUAGAUGAUAUGGCCAAUUCUAAUGAUAAUGAAGGUCAGAGAAGUAAUGCUGACGAUGUAGAGGAUGAUUUAGCGCAUGAACCGGACGAAACAAGAAUAUCUGUUGAUUUUCCACUGAUUCGUGCAGAUUUAGGCAGGGAGGUACAUUUGGUAAAAAUGCCUAAUUUUUUGUCGGUUGAAACUCGUCCGUUUGACCCUAACUUUUACGAAGAUGAACUGGAUGAAGAUGAAAUUUUAGAUGAAGAAGGACGAACACGUUUGAAACUAAAAGUCGAAAAUACUAUACGUUGGAGGAUUGGUAAGACACCUGAUGGUGAAAUGAUUCACGAAUCAAAUGCUCGUAUUGUUCGUUGGUCGGAUGGUUCUCUGUCACUACAUCUUGGGGACGAAAUUUUCGACAUACACAAAGUAGAUAUUCAGUCAGACUAUAAUUAUCUGUUCAUACGAGAAGGUAGUGGUUUACAAGGACAGUCAAGUUUAAAAACCAAAUUAACAUUCAGGCCACAUUCAACAGAUUCAUUUACGCAUCGUAAAAUUACAUUAUCACUAGCAGAUAAAACAAAUAAACUACAAAAGGUCAAAAUUCUUCCUGUUACGGGUGCUGAUCCAGAAUCAAAUCGUAAUGUGCUUGUGAGGAAAGAGGAAGAGAAAUUGCGUGCUACACUAAGGCGCGAAAGUCAGUUGCGGCGUAUGCGUGAAAAGCAGGCCAUGUCAAGAAGUAGUUUUGGUAGUGAACGUAGGCGAAGUUACGGAGAGGAUGAUGAUGAAGAUGAUGGUAAUACAACAUCUUUAAAUGCAUUAAAAAGAAAUGCGAAAAACUCAUUGUUGGCUGCACGCAAAGGUAAAUUAAAUUUUAGGAUUACUUUGUUGGUAUUCCUCAUAAAAAAUAUGUCAGCCCAUCUAUUCGGAGAUUUACUUUACUGAGAACACAGGUAAAAAUUUCAGUGUCUGUAAAAUGGUGCGUAAUCUACCUAACAGCUCAUAUAUAUACAUAUAUGAUAAUGUUUACUAAUGAUCGGUUAUAAGACUAAGAUCACGUUAGGUAAACACGUCAUUAUUGUUCCUGUGAUCUCUUUCUAUUAAAUAUUCCAUUCGCUUAAUCUGUAUCUUCAUUCUCAUAUCAACAAACAGGCUAUAUUUGUCAUAAUGACUGUUUAAUAUUCUAUGCUCUUAAUUUUCGGAGGUUUUCCUACUUUUUAUGUCAUAGUAAGUAAUACUUUUUCUAUUUUUUUUUCAAUCACUUCAGAUGUUGCUGCAAUUUAUUCAUCUGAUGAGGAAUCAUUAAGUGAUAUAUCAGAACCUCGAUCACGUAAGAAAGUAAGAGCGAAAAUAAGUGAUGAAGAGGAAAGCGACUAAAAUAAAAUACUUUUCCACUGUUUUCAUACGAUAAAUUGUACAUAAUUUAUUUAUUAAAAAAAUAAACAAUUUUUCUUUAUC